UGAAGCUUCAUCUGCCCAUCACUACAGAUCAACAUAGUAAAUGUUGUUCCAGGAUCAACACCAACACGGCGAUGUCAGAUCAUCUCUUUAGCUGUGUCCGAAUUCAGGGGAAGGAUCCUCCCGAGGACGUGUUUGGAGGAAAUGAUGUCACAGUGAAGUGACGAAGGCUGUCCGAAUUCAAAGAGCGCUCAAAAUGUGGCGACAAAUGCAUCCUACUUUUCCCCAAAUUUGAAGGAUGGGUCCGAUGUGUCCUUCGUGUCCUACCAGGAUUCAUUGCGGGCCGUACAGGAGACUUUCUGAUAACGAUGGUGGUCGGAGCGGGAGAGGAAAACACUUUCAAAUGACAAUUCUGGAGAAGAUGGGCCUGCAGGGGAAAGUCACCCGCUUGCAGGCCAGAAGACAUGAGAUAACUUUAAAGAAUACAAAGAUUGCAAGUAUCCAGGCUCAGGAGAGGGGUCAGUGGAAGCCCACUGCUGUGCUUGGCCCUGGUUUGCCCUCAUGGAUGAGGUGAUAGGACAGAUGCCUUCCACUAAGCCUCCUGUCCUAAUGUCCUCUCUCCCUGAGGACACUCCCGGGCCAAGAACAGCAGUGUGUGACCAAAACGACAGCGAUGACGAAGCGGCUCAGCCACCUACGACAGGAAGGAAGAGGAGAAGAGAUGAUGAGCUGCUGGAGCUCAUCAGAGAGGACAUGAGGCAGCAAAGAGAGGAGAGGAGAGGAGAGCAGGGAGAGGAUGGACCGACUGUUUCACUUCUAGAAAGAUCAGUUCCCAAAUGAGUUACGUACUGAGAAAUUUAUUUAUUUGAAUAUAUUUGUUACAUUGUUAUGUGUUGCAUUAGUUUAAAGGU